GAUCUCAAGAUGAGCAUACAAUCAUUCCUAUUCGUAAAUGGGGUGGAUACAUUUUGUGUAGAUAGUAUUAUGUAUGUAAAUAUAUAUAUAUAUGUGGGUCAAUGGAACUAUCAAUAGGUUAUGGUACAUUUAGACCCUAAGUAAUCUUUGGAUUAAAUACAUUCACAAUAUGAAAUUAUUACCAUUAUAUUUGAUUGCAGUUGCAUGCAAACUUGUAGGAAUUAAUGCUGAUAUUCGGUUCAAUCUGGAGUGGUCUGAACCAGAAGUCUUGGCUAAAAGAGACACUCCCGGGUACGUAGAUGUCCCUUUGCAAAAUAUGGAUGAUUUCUAUAUGGUCAAGUUUGAGCUUGGUUCAGAAAAAGAUGAAAUUGGCGUAAUAAUUGAUACGGGAUCUUCUGAUUUAUUUGUCAUAGAUCUGAAUGUUCAAUGUUAUGCAAAAGAAGAAGUAAAGAAAAGACACUUUAUUGGUCAAAGGCACUCAUUGGGUUCUUUAAAAUAUCCUUUGUUCUCUAAUUUACAACCAUUUAAUAAUAAGAGGGACGACAAUUUAUGUACUCGAUAUGGAUCUUUUGAUCCUAAUAGUUCUAACUCUUUUGCUUCCAAAGAUGAUAUCCCUCCAUUAAAUAUCCUUUAUGCAGAUGGAACGACUGCUACAGGUAAUUGGGGUUCAGAUGUUUUAAACGUUGGUGAUGUUGAAGUUAAUGAUGUUAUUUUUGCAGUAGUAGAUAAAACUUCAUCAGAUAUGGGAGUUUUCGGUAUUGGUUUCCCUGAACUUGAACAGGAUAAUUUUUCACCAGCAAAGGAUACUGCUUCUGUAUCUUACAACAAUUUCCCAAUGACAUUAAAGGAUCAAGGUCUUAUUGAUAGAACACUUUAUUCACUUUACCUUGGACAAAAAACUGACGAAUAUGGUCAGUUAUUAUUUGGAGCAGUUGAUGCUCACAAAUUUAACCAGUUAACAACAGUUCCUGUUGUUGCAUCCUAUGAUGUUGGUCCAGAAGAUGGAACAGUAGCUAGACUUAAUAUCAUGCUUCUGGGAGUAUCUUUCACUAAUGGACAUGAUACGGUCAAGGUAGACUCUAGCUUAUUCCCAGUUACCAUUGAUUCUGGUUCAACAUACUCUUAUUUGGCUGAAGAUGCUUACAAUAGGUUAGCUGCUGCUUUAGGUGCAUCUUUAGAGAAUGGUGACUUUAUUGUACCAUGUACAAGUGAUCCAGAUACUCUUAUUAUUUUCAAUUUUAGUGGUUUCGAAUUAAGAGUUCCUUUAGGAAACAUCUUAAAUUCCGAUGACAAUGGUCGUUGUGCUCUUCAAAUUGGUAAAUCAGAGCUGUCGUUAUUCGGAGAUAAUAUUAUUCGUCAUGCUUAUUGGGUUUUCGAUCUUGAUAAUCGUCAAAUCAGUAUUGGAAAUGUUGUUCAUAGUGAUACUCAAGAUAUCCAAGUCGUCAAGAAGGAUGAACAGAUUCCAAAAGCUCUGGAAGCCGAAUCGUAUAGUUCCACAAGUACAUCUGAAGCUACUGAUGAACCUACUCCUACUUCUUUGAGUUAUCCUACAGGUGAUCUUACUGAAGAAGAUAUCUUAAUUGAAGACUUAGCUGCUGAAGAAGAAUCAGAAGCACCAACGCCUGUUGAACCAACUGCUGUCUACAAUGGUACCACUGUUGAACCUUCAUCAGCAGUCAAUGGCACCAAUGGCACUACCCCAGCAGUUACUAUUGCUGAAAAUAACGCCGCUACAUAUAAAGCUCUGGUUGGUUUAUUAAUGCUCUUGUUUUGUUUUUUAUAGUCUAGUCUAGUCAAUUUGUAAUGUAAAUUUGUUUGUUGUUUACCAUAUUCAAAGUCUAGGGCUAUGCCAGGCGCCCAGAUUUCAAUAUUUACACGAUAAUGAGUUUAGUGACCAGUUAGUUCUCUCUGUGACACAUUCUAUGCUUCCCUGACUACUGAGGUCUCAUUUCAAGGGGUCAAGAAUUUCUUGACUUGCUUUGUAUUACUUGGCAGCGAAUUUGUGUGAGGUGUAUGCGGUAUCUCAUUCUCGCCUAGACAUAUUCGUACGUUAUCAAUUUAAGAAUUUUUAAAAUUGCCGCAAUAAUAAUAAUAGUAAUACUGACAGACAAGUUGAUCUUUACUACGACAUUUAGACAUUUAAUAUGUAUAUGACAUCGGAAAAGGUCAUACCCUCGUCAACGUCAUUACAUUCGCAUAGAAACAAAAUCUCGGACCGUUACUAAUUAAUUUUGCAUCUAAAAAU